GUAUCAGUGAAGUUGGAGUUUACCUUUGAAGAUGUCCAAUAACGACCAGCGAGAUGGAGGGAACGUGUCUGGAGGCGGAGGAGAUCAUGGGGGAGGUGACCGCACCGACCGGAGGCAGUACCGGGCACCGACUUGCUUCAACUGCAAUGAAGUCGCCCACUAUGCUCAUCGAUGCCCCAAUCGGGGCCGAAGGAAUUAUCCAUCUCGAUCGUCUUCCUCAAGCGGGAGGCAACGUUCACGUUCACCAAGACGGUAUGAUAACAGACGACAUCAGUUGCCCAUAAGGGAUUUGGGAGUGCACUCCCAGAUCGCCGAUCUGGCAAGAAGCAUUGGGGCGAUGAAGGCGCAGUAUGAUAUUGAAGCACGCAAGAAGGAAGAGAAAGCUCGGCGUGAUAUUGAAGCACGCAAGAAGGAAGAGAAAGCUCGGCGUAAGUUUGAGAAAGCUGAGGCUCAGCGGCUUGAGGAGGAAGAAGCGGAGAAACGUGCCUUGAAAGAUAAGAAGAAGAAAGAAAAACUGCACAACGAGGCUGAAAAACGGGCGGAGAUGCGGAAGGAUUUGAGGUUGGAGAUGCUCAUGGAUCUGCACUGGCAUGAGAUGAAGGACAAGUUCAUCGCUGAAAUUAAGAAGACGGUGUUACCGUCGUGCUUUCCCUCCCAUAAGGGGAAAGGGAAGAUGGAGUUAUGCGAAUCGGAAGGCUACUCUUCUUCUGGAGGAAGCGAUGGAUGAAGCGACACAUGUGUUAUGCAGGAGAUUAAUGACAUGAC